ACUGCGCAUGCGCGUGAAGGAGCUCUGUCGGAAGCAAAGUCGGGUUUAACCGAAGGGUCCACAUCAAAAAAACAGAAUCAAAAGAGUCAUGUCAGGGUUUCUGGACGGGAUCCGCUGUGGAGAGUGUGAGUGCAAUGUGGACUGGGGAGAGAGAAGAAACGCCAUCGCUUCUGUAGCUGCGGGAGUUCUGUUCUUCACUGGUUGGUGGAUCAUCAUUGACGCGGCAGUAAAAUACCCCGAUGAAGGGCAGUUUCAUCAUGCCUAUCACACCUGUGGUGUCAUAGCCACACUGGCCUUUCUCAUGAUAAAUGCUGUUUCAAAUGGCCAAGUGCGAGGAGACAGCUACAGCGAAGGCUGCAUGGGACAGACUGGCGCCCGGGUCUGGCUCUUCAUCGGCUUCAUGCUGGCUUUUGGCUCCCUCAUCGCCUCCAUGUGGAUUCUGUUUGGGGGAUUCGUAGUGCCUCAGAAACCAGUUGUGUACCCCGGCAUUGCAAUCUUCUUCCAAAAUGCGUUCAUUUUCUUCGGGGGUCUGGUCUUCAAGUUCGGGCGUACAGAGGACCUCUGGCAGUAACAGACUUUUUUUUUUUUUUUGGUCCGCUCUUAUGCAUUCUGCUUUCUAUACUGUACAAGACUAUUUUCUUCAGUGGUUAUUCACUUUAUAUGAACUUUUUUAGCUUUCCAAUUAACAUGUUUAAUUUAUCUAGUUUGCUGUAUAAUAGCUAAAUCAUAACGAAGCACAAAUUUUCAUAAAGUUCUUGAGAGUUUCACUAUUUUCAAGUGUGGCACAUUUUUAAGAUGUGCCUGUUCGCCAUCAGACUGUGCAGCCAUGUUGUAGACGUCGUUUAAAAAGCGAGUAUAACGGAGACGUGUUUUUCUUUGGGAGCUUUGCGAACCCCGAGCUGUUUUCAUUUUCUCUGGGUGGCAUCCUUGAAUUUGGUGUUGAAGGUGUGAAAGAACAGAAAUGGUUUGGGUUAUUGUGGUACAAAGAGUCAGACCAAGUUUUCAUAACGGUGCGCACAUUGCGUGUUUACUGAAUGUGAUCAUAUGGCACUGUUUGUUAUUACUUUAAUGACACGAUAAGAUGACUGAACCUUUUCAUUAACCACAUUCAUCGUUGAAUAUUAAUUGGCUGACAUUGCUCGCUUGUCACCGGACCUUCGACGACUAUCGGGUGUUGUUUUACUACUGGAAAUUUGUAUUUGAGUGUAACAAGUGUUCAUUUGCUUCUGUAACCACCAAACAGCAGGGCAGUUUCUGG